CCUGAUUCCUCAAAUCACUAAAACAACACCUACCAGUUCUCAAGCUCGGCGGUUAUCGGAAUCGGAAAAGUUGCAAGAGAGAGAUAGAGAAGGCGACAGUGACACAAAGCUUAACAAUCAUCCUUUACAAUUUGCAUUUGCUGCCAAUCGCCACCACCAAAACCUAACGCUCAACAGGUCUUGCGUUUUGAGGUUUCCUCAUUUUCAUCUUCAUGAUUGAUUUUUGACUUUUAUCGGAUUUCCUCUCCAAGUUUUGAUUAUUACAUACAUACAUACAUCGAUAUUGAUAUUUUACGGAAUUGACGCUUUCCAUUUCGUGGAUGAGAUCGAUCGAGAAUGUGUUUGAACAGCUUCUGCUUUCAUGUCGGAAAAUUCAAUCCGUUUGAAGUAGAACGCGAUCUCACAGCUUGAGGUACUAUAUAUUCGAGUCUUCAUAGUGAAAUUUUAUGUCAGCGAUGAGCGGUAGGCAGGUGUCGACGGUAAGUGACCUAGUGGAGGAAGGCAAGAAGCGGAUUGUUCUUCUAAUCGUAUGCGUCGUUGGCCUAUCCUAUCUGAUGUCUUUAACGAGUUCAUCAGUAUGGGUGAACAUGCCUAUUGCUGCUUCGUUGGUAGUGUUGAUUCGAUAUUUGGCUCUGGAUUAUGACAUGAGGAGGAAAGCAGCUAGAUACAAGAGCAGCAAACCAGCAUCGGCAAAUAUUUCCUCUCAAAAGAAACCUGUCGAGAAUCCUAAACCUAUUGUUUCUGACUGGAAGAAAAAAGUGAACUCGCCUGUUGUUGAAGAUGCAAUAGAUCAUUUCACACAACAUAUUGUUUCUGAGUGGGUGACAGAUUUGUGGUACUCUCGCAUAACUCCUGAUAAACAAGGUCCAGAGGAGUUGGUACGGAUCAUAAAUGGCGUUCUUGGAGAAAUUUCAUGCCGGGCAAGGAAUAUAAAUCUGAUAGAUCUUCUAACAAGGGAUAUUAUUAAUCUUUUUUGCACUCAUUUGGAGCUUUUCCGUUCAACUGCUGAGAAGAUAGAAAGGAAACAACAUCCUGAAUCAUUUACUUUUGAGCAACGUGAUAUGCAUCUGAAGGCCAUGCUUGCAGCUGAUAACAAGCUGCACCCAGCUUUAAUUUCUCCUGAAGCAGAGCACAAGGUCCUUCAGCGUUUGAUGGAGGGACUUAUUUCUCUCACAUUCAAGCCAAAGGAUUUACAAUGUUCCUUGUUGCGCUAUAUAGUGAGAGAGCUUCUCUCCUGUGUUGUAAUUCGGCCAGUGGUGAACUUAGCUAACCCGAGGUUUAUCAAUGAAAGAAUUGAAUCACUUGUUAUUUCCAUGAAGAAGAACGAUAAGGGUACUACAGCUGCACAAGUGGCUUCCCAAAUCAAAUCCAUGGGUCCUCCAAAGACGCCUUCUGAUAAUUUAUCUCGGGUUAUGGAUCCAUCGUUCAAGGGUGUUGAACUUGUGCAAUUAAAAAAGGCGGAACCUGCUAGAGGACAAGUAAAUGGAACAGUUGACUCAAAGGAUCCACUUCUUUCAAUGGAUCCAAGGUCAACUCGUUCUUGGAGUUCUUUGCCUUCUGAUAAUCAAGGUUCUGAUAAAAAUGAUGUGCAAAGACACAAUUCAGGAGGAGAAUGGGUAGAAGUCUUAGAUAUGAUGUCUCGCAAAAAGACUGAAGCUCUUGCUCCUGAGCAUUUCGAUAACAUGUGGACGAGAGGAAGAAAUUACAGGAAAGAAGUUAGUACAAGUCAAGUUUCUGAAACAUCAGCAAAAAGUGCUGCUGCGAUAUCCAAAGCAGCAGACAGUGCGAAAGCCGUAGCUGGGCAGAGUCAAAUGUAUGGUGAAGCUAAGACUAAAACUUUUUCAGGAAAUACUAGUCAGAAUUUUAUAUCGGGCAACCCUUCUGUUUUGUCACAUGAGGAUGACGAAGACAAUUUUAAUGAUUCAGACGAGACUGAAUCCGCAAGUAGUAGUUCAUGUCCUACUGAAGACGACGAAACCAGCAAUGUUACUGGUCUUGAUUCACCAGUAACCAAAGUUUGGGAUGGUAAAAGUAAUAGAAAUCUCUCAGUGUCAAGGAUUCAUCACCCGCUUGAGAGUUUUAAAAAGUCGAGAAAAACUCGUAAAGGGCGGUCCCAAAAGACCCAGUUAGGAAGGAAAAGAUCUAGGUUAAGCAGUAAGAAUGUUCAUAUGUGGCAAGAGGUUGAGAGAACAAGCUUCUUGUCAGGAGAUGGAAAGGACAUACUGCAACCUUCCAGAGCUAUUGCAGAAUCAGAAGAAGACUCAGGAGAUGAAAACGAAACUGAACAGUUGGGUAGAAUUUCCACAGCAUCCUCAAUCUCUGUUCCUGGAACUCAUCAUUUAGUUCCCAGUACUCCGAAAAACUCGUUCUUUAAUUUGUCAUUCAUGAAGUUGAGAUGUGAGGUACAGGGUGCCAAUAUUGUGAAGAGUGGCUCCAGAAAUUUUGCCGUGUACUCUAUAUCUGUUACAGAUGUCAAUAAUCAUAGUUGGUCUAUCAAAAGAAGAUUUAGUCAUUUUGAAGAGCUCCAUAGACGUCUUAAGGAGUUUCCAGAGUAUAAUCUGCAUUUGCCUCCCAAGCAUUUUUUAUCUACAGGUCUGGAUGUACCAAUUAUUCAAGAGAGGUGUAAAUUGCUUGAUCAGUAUCUGAAGAAGCUUCUGCAGUUUCCAGUAAUUUCUGAAUCAAUAGAAGUUUGGGAUUUCCUUAGUGUGGAUUCUCAGACAUAUCUAUUCUCAAACUCUAUAUCUAUCAUCGAGACAUUUUCAGUUGAUGAUCAUGCUUCUUCUCCACAUGAAAGAAAUAAACACAAUCAAAAUAACUCUGGGCCUCAACUUCUCCCCCAAAGAGGACUGAAUUCUGAAUCCCAUGCACAUCCAUCCCAAAUGAAGCCCAACAAUAUGAAAGAUGUCCAUUCUCCGCAAAAAAAUGUUGUAAAAGAAACCAGAAAGCUGUUGGAUGAUUCGGGUAGUGAUUCUGGUGUAGAGCAGAACACUACAUCUAGAACUGGUUACUCCAAAAUGGCUAUCAAGGAAAAAGAGGGAAAUGAUCCAAUAACAUCUUCAGAGAAACAAAUGGAUGCUGCUAGUGAUCCAACCCUUCCUACAGAAUGGGUGCCGCCAAAUCUAAGCAUUCCCAUACUGGAUUUGGUUGAUGUUAUAUUUCAGCUCCAGGAUGGUGGAUGGAUCAGGCGACAAGCAUUCUGGGUGGCUAAACAGGUGCUGCAGUUGGGAAUGGGUGAUGCCUUUGAUGAUUGGUUGAUUGAAAAAAUCAAGCGUUUGCGAAGAGGAUCAGUUGUUGCUGCUGGAAUCAGACGGAUUGAACAGAUACUCUGGCCUGAUGGAAUCUUCAUAACGAAACAUCCUAAUCGACGAAAGCCUCCUCCCGCUGAUGACUCAUCUCCAAGUUCCUCGUCUAAUGGGCUUCCCCCAAGUAGUCCUAUAUCACAAUCUAAGAAAGUUGAUGCACAAAAAUUGGAAGAGGAGCAACAAGCAAUGCAAGCCGAAGAGCGUGCAAAGUUUGUAUACGAACUAAUGAUUGAUAAAGCACCAGCAGCUGUUGUGGGGCUUGUUGGACGAAAGGAGUACGAACAGAGCGCUAAGGAUGUUUAUUACUUCAUACAGUCAUCAGUGUGUAUGAAGCAAUUUGCGUUGGACCUUGUUGAACUGUUGCUUUUGUCGGCAUUCCCAGAAAUGGACUAUGUUUUCAAAGAGUUGCAUGAACAGAGAGCCACUUUUGGUAAAUACAAACCUGAUUAGAGAAAAAAAAAAGAUUGAUAUAUUUCAACCAAUUCGAGGGAGGUGCGUUCUUCUUCUUCUUCUUCUAUGGAAAUAUAUAUAUUUUUCUCUUACCACAGAAAUGAAGACAUAAAAAUGGGGGAUAUAUUUGCUAGUUAUGUGAAUUUGAGGGAUCAUAUCUGUUUUUUUUUAUUAUUAAUAUACAUUACUGAAGUGUAAUAGCUCAAUUGCCCUGUAAUUGUUCUUUUUUUGAAUUUGA